AUGCGUGCAAAUUUCCUGUCAUUUUUACAAGAAGCAAAUUCAUCACUUGGUUUCGCUUGGAUGCGUAAUGGAACUGAAGUAUUGAUUUAUCCCAAGGAAGGACGUGGUUGUGAAACGGUCACAAGUGUGCUUGGAAUCACAGGCAGUAAAGUGGCUCUUCCCUGCAACAUAACACCCCCUGUUUUAGACGAUGCUGUAGCGCUCAUUCUAUGGUACAAAGACGAUAUCACCAAGCCAAUCUACAGCGUCGACGCGCGAAAGACGAGUGUCGAGCAGGCCAGGCAUACGACUGGGGAGGCCGUGGCCAACAGGGUGAGCCUGAGCCUGGACGACAACCCCUCCCUCCUCUUUCUCGAAUACCUUACAGAAGACGAUGAGGGGGAGUACAGGUGUAGGGUGGACUUCAGGAGAGCGAGGAGUAGGAAUGCGAUUGUAUUUCUGCAGUUGGUUGUGCCACCGAAAAAGCCAAUUAUUACAGAUCAAAAUGGAGAGAUAUUGGAGAGCUUGAUCGGUCCGUACAACGAGGCGGAUAAUCUGCAUUUGAUAUGCGAGGCAGAGGAAGGCAAACCCCUCCCGUCAGUCACGUGGUGGAGAGAGUCGGUCCUUCUGGACGAUACGUACACCGUGACCCCCCACGGAGUGGUCCGCAACGAGCUCGAGAUCCAAUCACUUAGGCGGCACGACUUGAUGGCCGUCUUCACGUGCCAAGCUUCCAACAAUAAUUUCUCGCAACCUGCGAUCGCUGCUGUUACAGUAGAUAUGAAUUUUCGCCCAGUAUCUGUGAAAAUGGAAGGUGGACAAAGACCCAUGUCUGCUGAGAAGCCGGUUGAUCUGGUAUGUAAAAGUGCUGGCUCCAAACCACCUGCAGUAAUAUCUUGGUGGAAAGGAACGACAAGGCUCAAACACAACAAAGAUACGGUCUCUGCAGACGGCAAUUUCACCACCAGCGUGCUAAAUUUCAAACCUUCCAUAGAUGAUAAUAACAAGCAGCUGUCGUGCAGGGCGGAGAACCCACUUAUUGCUGGAUCUGCAAUUGAUGAUACAUGGGAUCUGGAGAUACACUAUGUCCCUCAGCUGGUCCUAAGGCUCGGAAGCAAGCUCCGACACUUCCACAUUCAAGAAGGCAAUGACGUAUACAUGGAAUGUGACAUCAGGGCCAACCCUUGGGUCACUGAAAUCUCUUGGAGCUUUGAAGGAAGAGAGUUGCACACCAAUGUCAGUGCGGGUUUGAUUAUCAGCAACCAGUCCCUGGUAUUGCAGAGGGUACAGAGGACGAAUAGAGGACAUUACACUUGUUCAGCAUCAAAUUCAGAAGGAUUAGGGGAAAGCAAGCCACUUUAUCUCUCUAUACAAUAUGCCCCAGUUUGUGCACCUGGCCAAAAGAUUUUGUACGGGGCUACAAAGCAUGAGGAGGUGCGAGUGCUGUGUGAGGUGGAGGCCGAUCCGGCAGACGUUUCUUUUCGGUGGAGUUUCAACCGGAGUGGAGAGAGCGCUGAGGACGUGCCUCAGUUUCGGAGUGAGGGCACACGCAGCACGGCAACCGUGACUGCAAGGGCAGAUUACGAGUAUGGAACUCUUGCAUGUUGGGGCAGCAACAGCGUUGGAGAGCAGAGAGAACCCUGCGUCUAUACAGUAGUCACAGCAGGUCCACCAGAUCCAGUACAAAAUUGCACCAUCAUGAACAUAACCCAACAUUCCUUUCGGCUGGAAUGUAUGGAAGGUUCGAACAACGGGUUACGGCAGCAUUUUGUGAUGGAGGUCCACGACACCGCCAUGCACAGGCUGAGGGGUAACCAUACAGCCGACAUCCCCGUCUUCCUGGCACGUGAUCUUCCACCUGCCACGAGCUUCGUCGUCGUAGUGUAUGCUGUCAAUGCCAAAGGCCGAGGCCAAGCGGUCGUCCUCAGGGUGAAUACGUCACACUCCAAACAAACAGACCAACGAAAAGGCAGUCGAUGGCAAUUGACGUCGCAGGUGAUGAUUGUCGUUCUUGCUGCCUUGGUGCUAGUCGUAUUGCUCACAGGCAUCGCCGUCAUCCUCAUCAAGAGGACGAAAAGAAGGAUGCAGGAUCAAAAAAGGCACAUGAAGAGGACAUGUGAGACGUCUGAUGCUCUACUAAAGAACGGUAAAGACAGAAAUCGGGAGAUGUGUAUCUGUGUUGAUGAAGAUGAGAAACCUCCGGUCAUGACACCAGAGGUCAUAAUGAUGACAGAUCUGACGUCACACAGUUAUACAGAUAACCAUAUGUAUUGCCAAAGAGAAAAAUCGCCUUCACCAUACCUCGAAGAUCACGAAAAAAAUGAGCCAAUGAGGAGAAGAGACAAUGUAUUUAUUAGGUUACAGCAGUCCCUGACGAGGCGGAAAAGGGGUUCCGAUUUCGAUCGAUCAAGCGAGGAAAGUAGCCACCUGCAAAGCUUCCGCGGCACUCUAGAAAAGAAAAAUGUGGGAGCCUUGCCCAGUUCGAUUAGCCAACACCAGUCUACAGAAACCAUUAUCACGGAGGAUCCUCGUAAGUAUGUCUUAUCUGGAGGGGAUUAUCCCAUCACCAAGGUCUGGACACGUCAUCCUUCAGAUGAUAGUUUACCAACUUAUCUCUUAUUUUUUCCUUCAGUCGGUUUGCCUCUGGCCUUCAUUUUCCCGUUCCAAGUGGUUUAA